AUGUCUUCAAGCUAUUGGGAGUCAACCCAACGCAAGUUCUGGACUUUUACGAAACAAGAGCUAGCACUGGAGCGGAAGAGAAUGGAAGAUGCAGAACGCAAUCUGGUCAACCUAUAUCCUCUGCCAGACCGGAGGCAUAUGAGCAUCUACUUCUCUCAUCAACUCUCCAAAAUGGCAAGACCGCUAGGAAUUCGACAGCAAGCUCUGGCUACCGCACAAGUGUAUGUCCGACGAUUCUAUGCCAAGGUCGAGAUCCGGAGGACGAACCCAGCGCUCGUGCUGGCAACAGCACUGUACUUGGCGUGUAAGAUGGAAGAGUGUCCGCAGCACAUUAGAAUGGUAUUGGCAGAGGCGCGGCACUGUUGGGACACAUCAUUCAACGACGUUUCCAAAAUCGGCGAGUGCGAAUUUACACUCAUCUCUGAGAUGAACUCUCAACUAAUCCUCCACCACCCAUACCGCAGCCUCGCUGAACUCCAGACUCAAUUCCAACUGACCCAAGAAGAAAAUGCCCUGGCAUGGUCAAUCAUCAACGAUCACUACCUGACAGAUCUUCCGCUUCUCCACGCACCACAUGUUAUCGCCAUAACAGCGAUGUUCUUGGCAGUCGUUCUCAAGCCCAUCGGCUCCCAGGUCAAUGCAGCCGGGAUGAACAACGCACUGCAGACGCUGGGCAAUGCACGUGGUGGACAAGGGAUGCAGGCACGAAUACAGAAACUAGUCGAUUGGCUUGCUGAAAGUAGUGUAGAUAUCGAGGCUGUUGUGGAGUGCACGCAGGAGCUGAUCUCAUUGUACGAAGUUUGGGAGACUUAUACCGAUAAAACAUGCAAAGACCAGAUUGCAAAAUUUGUCAAGGCGAGAGGUUUGGACAAGUAA